GUUGGUUUCCGAAGCAGAUUUGUUUCUCAGUGUGAGAGUCAGAGAAAAGAGGAGUCGUCAAACAUGUCUAAAAGGGCGAAAAACAGCGAAGACGGAAGUGUUGUUGAAGACAGCAGUCCAGCGCCAGACAGGCCGGUAUGCAUGGAAAACCUAACAGAGACUGAUGCCUUCAUAAAAAGCUCCUUAGGCUUGGAUCCAGCAGAGGAGUACAAGAUGGGCAACUUGCGACGAGGCGUCGCGCUCAUUUUUAACCAGGAACGCUUCUUUUGGCGUCUGGGGCUGAACGACAGGCACGGAACGAACGCCGACCGCUACAACCUGGAGAGAAGACUGAAGGACCUCAAGUUUGACGUGAAGGUUUUUGACAACUACAAACAAGCGGAAGUCUUGGAAAAAAUCUAUGAGGCUUCAGAGGAAGACCACUCCGAUGCAGACUGCUUCCUGCUCAUUUUCCUCAGCCACGGUGAGAACGAGGAAGUUUACACCUACGACGGUAAGAUCAGCAUCCGGGACAUCACGUCCAUGUUUAAAGGAGACAAGUGCAAGAGCCUCGUGGGAAAGCCGAAGAUCUUUAUUUUACAGGCAUGUCGCGGAGAUAAACACGACGAUCCAGUGACCGUCUGCGACGCCGUCGACAAUGAGGUCAAGACGAACGAGGUGGUGGUGGAUGCCAGUGCUGUCCACACCCUCCCUGCUGGGGCUGAUUUUAUCAUGUGCUAUUCUGUAGCUGAAGGCUACUAUUCCCACCGGGAAACUGUCAACGGCUCGUGGUACAUCCAGGACCUGUGCAACUUGCUUGAGCAAUACGGGGAGUCCCUGGAAUUCACAGAGUUACUCACGCUCGUCAACAGAAAAGUCUCGAUGAGGAGCGUUGGGAACAGCUCAGACAAGAAUGCUAUCGGGAAGAAGCAAGUGCCUUGUUUUGCUUCGAUGCUCACCAAGAAACUGUACUUCCGACCGAAAAAAUAACUCCACCAGGCCUCUGUCUUCAAAUGUGCUGGUUUCAUAGUACUGAAAGAAGAAAAAAAGGGCUUUUUGUCAAAGAUUUUUAAAUGAAUAGCUAUUUUUUUUUUCUGGUCCUCGUCGGUAUUUUGUUCAUAAAUACUAUUUUUUACAUUUACUUCAAAUCACCAGGUAAUUGGCAGCUCUGAUACUUCCAGUGAUGCCAGCGAUCCCAGAAUAACAGGAACAGCCUCAGUUCAUGUGAUACUCCUUCCCUCAGGCAGUUACUCAUUCUCUCGCUCUAAGAAUAAAAGACAGGUUUGUGGGUUUCAUAAGACUUUGGACAAAAGUUACUUUGUUUUUUUUUUUUCUUUCAAGAAAAGUAGAACAGGUAAAGUGAAACAAGGAGCACUGACUUCUUGUAAACUGGUUGCAACAUCAUGUUCUUUUGGCGUACCUAGAUGUGUGAACACAGCACUCUAUUUUCAGUUAGAAAGUCACCUGGAAAUUCAUUUUUGUUCUUUACACCAAAUGUCAAGUCUAAUGACUUGUUGAUCAUUAGAUAUGAGGCGUUCUGUGAUUUUGUUCAACCCUUGUACAUCAGGACACAUUUUGCACUUUCAAGCUAUUUGCUUUCACACUACAGGAUUGUUAUGGACCUCAUUUCUUUUCGUAAUUCGCGUUAAAAUGCUUCGGUGGCACCGAGCUGAUGUUUUCAUGCUGUACUGGAACUUUCAAUCUAUACCUGGUUGUAUUUCUGGUGAUAUUGUAUGGUUAGCUGUUCUCUACAGAAGCUGGAAGUGUCAGAGCGUUCUUUUCCUGGUAGUUAAAUCAGUCGCAGGUAUUUCUGUUAGCCAGACAGAUAUUUUCCAAUAUAUUCUAGGAGGAAGGUGAAAAUACCGUGACAGUUUUUUCCCCACAUUAUUACUGAGUGGAGACAGAGCUGUCACCUGUUCAAACACUACUUAAAACAUGUCUGCCUUCAGCCUCAUUCCUUGAGUUAAAAAAAAAAGGGAAUUUUGUGUGUUUUUGCUGUUUGUGUUGUUGCAGCUUAUGGUAAAUUAAAGAAUGCGUGCAUGUGUAUUUGCACCCAGAAUGACAACAAACACUCGUUUGGACAGAACCUCAGGGAGGAGGGUGUGUUUUCAAAGCGGUACUUGGACCUGAAACACUUCCAGCUGUGUCAUAUCUGUGUCAGGAAAAUUGAAGCUAACAGACAUACACACUGAGCUGUAAUCUUGUGAUAACACUGUUUUUUUUGUACCACAGUAAGACUUUAAUCACUGGUUUUCUCUCCAGAUGAGUUUACUUCAUAAAAUCCAUCAUAGUUCUUUUGACCAAAGAGUGUGACCUUUUUUAUUUGUCUGAAAUGUUGGCAAGUCUGCAUCUCGUUAAACAAGGAACAUCUGUUCACGAGUGAGUGGAAUAUUAAGAUACUGGUGAUUUAUUGAAGACAUAUUCAACCUCAUGUCAGGAAAUAACGUUUUAAUUCGUCAUUAUUGUGUAUUUCUCAAGGAUACAAUUGGCAUCAUCAUCACGACUGUAACCAAAACGGAAUAAUAUGGAUUCUCGAUUAAAAAGGUGCUAUUAUCAAAAUGAA